AUGGCUAGCAAAAGAAAAUCCACAACUCCCUGCAUGAUACCAGUAAAAACACUGGUGCUUCAGGAGACUGAACUGGACACCGUAGAAGAUGAUCGUGAAGGAACGCAACAAGAUGCUCCUGCGGAAGGGCCAGCAGCUGGUGAUGCUGGUGCCAGUAACAGUAAUAACGGAUCUUUGUCUAAUGGGCACCGUGGUAUUGCUGAUAGUGACACUUAUAUCUGCAAGUCUUGUGACUUUGGAUCUCAAGACGUUCAUCACUUCUUUGGGCACUUGGACUCUGAGCACUUGGACUUUAGCAAAGACCCUGCGUUUGCAUGUGUUGCGUGCAGCUUCCUGGCAAAUAGCCACGAAGGGCUCUCGCACCACAAUGCAGAGUCGCACGCCGGCGAAACGAGCUUCACCUGGAGGGUGGCUAAGCAGGACAAUCGUACAACUGUGGAACAAAGUCUCUGUGAGCCCGCCAGCAGCCAUGACCUUCCGGGAGAGGUCCCUGAAGAAGGGGUGGAUGGCCAGUCUGAAAUUAUCAUUACCAAAACCCCCAUCAUGAAGAUAAUGAAAGGUAAACCGGAGGCCAAAAAAAUCCACACGCUGAAGGAGAAUGUGUCAAGUCAGCUGGGCAGUGAGUCGGAGGUGAAAGACGGAGAGCAUUCAUUCCCAAACGGGUCCGUGCCAGUCAGCCAGCCCACUGCAAGUUCAACAAAAUCAUCUCAUAUAGUGAAUGGCUCCAUCAUAGGAAACGUGCCUGUUCUGCAAGCGGGCGUUGCACAACUUGUGUCACUGCAGCAGCAGCCCCCGUUGCAUCAGCAGCUACCUACAUCCAAGUCCCUUCCCAAGGUGAUGAUCCCCCUGAGCAGCAUUCCAACGUACAACGCCGCCAUGGACUCCAACAGCUUCCUCAAAAACUCUUUCCACAAGUUCCCCUACCCCACAAAAGCCGAGCUCUGCUACUUGACCGUGGUGACAAAGUACCCAGAAGAGCAGCUGAAGAUCUGGUUCACUGCCCAGAGGUUGAAGCAGGGCAUCAGCUGGUCACCGGAGGAGAUUGAAGAUGCCAGGAAGAAGAUGUUCAACACUGUUAUUCAGUCCGUGCCACAACCCACCAUUACAGUUUUGAACACGCCACUGGUUGCAAAUCCUGGGAGCGUUCCCCAUCUUAUUCAGGCGACUUUACCGGGCCACGUGGUGGGGCAGCCGGAGGGCACAGGGGGGCUGCUGGUCACGCAGCCCAUCAUGGCAAACGGGUUGAAGGGCACCAGCUCCUCCUUCACCUUGGCAGUGACUUCUGUCCCCAAGCCGCAGCCGGCAGCACAGCACAGCACGGUGAGCUCCAGCAACGCGUCGGGGGUGAAGGUGGUCAACAGUGGCCAGUCGCUGCUCACCGCCUGCCCGGCGAUCUCCUCGCAGACCUUCCUGGAUCCCAACGUGUACAAAAACAAGAAGUCCCAUGAGCAGCUCUCUGCCUUGAAAGGCAGCUUCUGCAGAAACCAGUUCCCUGGCCAGACUGAAGUCGAGCGGCUGACAAAAAUUACGGGCCUUUCCACCAAGGAGAUUCGAAAAUGGUUCAGCGAUAGGAGGUACCACUACAGGAACGUGAGAGGCAGCCGGGCUGUCUUCCCUGGAGACAGCGCUCUCGAUUCCCUGCCCGAAAUAGCCUUCGACGUCUCGCCCAGAGGAGCCGAGCUGAGCCCCGCGGCGGCGGCGGCCGCGCCGGCCCCUCACCACCCACCGCGGCGGCAGUCAUGGCACCAGGCACCCGACUUCACGCCAACCAAGUACAAAGAGCGGGCGCCGGAGCAGCUGAAGGCCCUGGAGAGCAGUUUUGCCCAAAAUCCCCUUCCUGCGGAGGAAGAGGUGAACCGCCUGAGGGGGGAAACGAAGAUGACGCGGAGGGAGAUUGAUAGCUGGUUCUCGGAGAGGAGGAAGAAGAAGGUGGCGGAGGAAAAUAAGAAAGUGGAGGAGGCGGCUCGGCAGGAGGAGGAGGAGGUGGAAAAUGGUGGCGGGGAAGGGGAAGAGUCCUCGGAUGAGCUGAGGGCCAUGAGCGAAAACGGCUCAGUCGAUGCCUCCAGCAACAACCCGAACUUGGUGGAGCGGAAAGUGAGUCCCAUCAAAAUCAACCUGAAAAACCUCCGAGUGACCGAGUCCAACGGCAAAAGUGAGUUACCGGUGGCCGCAGCAAAUGAGAAAGGGGACGGGCGCCCUAGCCGGGCCCGCACUUAUGGCUACAAGAACGGGCAGCUGAAGUGGUAUGAGAACUACAGGCGGGGAGUUUUUCCCCCGGGGCUGGUGGAGGUCAGCCCCGCCAGCCGGGAGGUGCUGGAGGACUACUACGAGAAGCACAAGGGGCUGCGGGAGGAGGACGUGCCCGGCCUCUGCGAGCGCUCCCACCUCAGUGCCCAGCAGCUCAAGGUGUGGUUUGCGGUGAAGGCAGAGGAGGAGAGCAGGGCCGCCGUCCCCGAGGAGGCCUGUGCCGGCGAGAUGGCGGGAAGCCGGAAAGGGCCGUGCGAGGCCGGCUCGGAGGUGUCGGAGGGCAGCGAGUCGUGGGAGCCGGGUGGCCAGGAAGGCAGCGCCGGGACCCCCGACGCCCCCGGCCCACCACCGGCCGCACGGCUCCGGCAGGGCUCUAAGGUCUCUGCCGCGGGCAGGGCUGGCUCCGCGGGAGGGUUGGGGUGA